AUGCUAUCAAAAAGUCCUUCUGAAGAUUAUCCGUGUUCUGAUCAAUAUUUAAAUGGAGCAGAUUUAAUAUCCAAGUUAUUUGCGGACAACAAUAACGAAUUUUUUGAAUGGCCAACAAAUCAAUUUUAUGAAACGAGGCCAAGAAUCUGUAUCGUUCAUGCCGAUACAAGAAGUCUCAAUACAAUUUAUGAUGCUAAUAAUAAAAAUUUAGAUCCUCAGAUGUUAUCAUUUGAUUCAUUUAACUCAUAUUAUACUCAAUUUUAUGCAUUGAUACAUGGUUAUGAUUUUAAACGAAUUAAGGUACCAACAAUAUCUAAUAGACAUCAGACAUGGACUCGACUCAAAGGAAUCUAUGAUACAUUACACAAAUAUGAUAUUGUUGUACAUUUUGACGGUGAUGCGUUUGUGAGAAAUCUUUCUAUUAGUCUCGAAUCUUUAAUGGAAUAUUGGAAUUUUACGGAAAAUUCUCAUUUUUUACAAGCAGUAGCUAUUGGUAAUAAGAAUCAUUCAAAUUGUGGAUUUUGGAUAAUUCGAAAUUCUCGUUUAAGUCGUCAAAAACUUCUAGAUUUAAUCGAAUGUCCAGAAAAGAUAAAAGGUUGUGAAAGAUGGCGAAAUCAUUUUGCACAUGAACAAACGGCAUGGAACAAAUAUUUUCGACAUACAAUGAAACAAGGUGAAGAAUUUAUUGUUGUGCCCCAAGACGAAGCAAACGGUUGGCCGGGUAGAGGUGGAAGAUUUGUUGUACACGGUUGGGGAAAAAAAUAUCAAAUAAAAAAAUGGAUGACCGCUGAAAUAGUUAGAGAAAUGAUGAUUUUGAUGCAUAAGUUUAUGAAUAAUCAUUAUGUACCGUGUAGUACAUGGGAAAAAAGUAAAACUUCAUGCGAUUGA